AGUUAGAAACUAAUAAGAAGACGAGAAACAAAGCUAGCACGUACGCUUCGUACUCGUGCGUAAAAAAAAUGGCAGCUCACGAUGAUCCUCCUCCGGGCUACAGAUUUAGACCUGACACAGAACAACUCCUUGUUCAUUAUCUUCGUCCCAAACUCGACGGAGAAGGCUUUCCCCAAGGGCUUGUUCCUUUCUGCGAUCUUUAUGGAGAUCAAGAACCAUGGCAGAUAUGGGAAGCUUUCAAAGAAACAUCAGAGAAAGACCGAGAAAGAAAAGACCUUUAUUUUCUUACCCAACACAAGAAGAAGACUCCAAAUGGCAAGCGCAAAAGCCGAACAGUCGGCGCGGGUACCUGGAAAGGCGAAGACGCCGCCAAAAAAGUACUUGUUGCUUCUCAAAGAGUUAUUGGCAAGAGAAAAAGAUUUCGUUACGAUAACAAGGGCUCGGCGCAAAACGGUCGCUGGCUCAUGCACGAGUUUGAACUUGAUGCAUCUUUACUGCGAAACAAACGUAAAGCAAAGGAGUAUGUUCUUUGUAUUCUUAGAAAGAACGAUAAAUCGGAGAAAGAUCGGAAACAAGAAGGACAAGAGGAUCAAGAAGAAGAUGUGAUGAGUUGCGACUAUGGUGAUCAAAAAGGUGGAAACCUUCAUGAACCUGAGUUCGUUGAAGAAUGACCAGUACUACUCAACAACGUCCCAGAUGAACUUCGUAAACAUGCAAUGCGCUUUGUGGUAUACCUAGAGAAACAGAUUGCUGAGCAGGCUAUGAAAAAGAAAUUAGAAUAAAUAGAGGGGCAGCUGAUGAGUGAUGACUGGUGCUGAUGAUGGUUAUUUUCUCGAGCAACUACUAUAGGAGUAUUAUUAUCAGGUGUUGGAGCUGGGUUAUACCCCAUUUUAGAGUUGAAUCUCUGCUGAAAGCCUGAAAUUAAUAUGAAGCGUUACUAAGUUUUUUUCAAGA